AUGGCCCUAUCCGACCCAUUCUCACAAACUUUCGUCCUCACUGCGUCUGACGGUGUCACCGAAAUCCCCGUUGCGGUUGCCGAUGUCAACGAGUUCAUCCUAUACAGCGUGAAAACGGUCAUCAAUUAUGGCGCCCAGAUCGGGAGCUCCUUCAUACUGCUGCUCGUCUUGGUCUGCAUGACACCCUCAGCAAGAUUCCUCAAGCUAUCCCAGUGGCUUCACAUCGCCGCCUUGACCGUCAACAUCGUUCGCAUGAUACUCCUAACUGUUUUCUUCACGAGCAGUUGGAACGAGUUCUACACAUUCUUUGCUGGCGACUAUUCUCGGGUCGCCCCUCGGGAUUUGCAGUGCAGUGUCGCAUCCGAAAUUGCAUCAUUGGCUCUUUUUAUCAUGGUCCAAGCCGUCCUCGGCUUACAGGCUUGGGCAACUGUCAACCUCUUACCCGCUGUCUGGAAAUGGUCCUCAGUUUUACUGUCGGCUUGUGUUUCUUCCACGGCCAUCGGCAUUCGCGUGGCAAGCGCAGUAGGCCAGAUCAGGUUCAUGCUGACGCUGUCCGAUACACCAUCCGUACUGGUCGCCCUCCUGACCAGUGUCAUGGGUGGCACUUCUAUAUUUUAUUACUGCGCUCUUUUCAACGUCAAGCUGGUGAGCCAUCUUGUGAAGAACCGAACUUUUCUACCGACACGGCGGGGUCUGUCUGCGGUUGAAGUACUGGUUAUCACAAAUGGCAUUCUGAUGAUCAUUCCUGUCAUAUUUGCCGGCUUUGGGUGGCGCAAUUGGCAGGCUUUCGAACCUGGCUCUCUGGCCCUCACGUCCGUGAUCCUAUUCCUUCCCCUCGGAACACUGAUUGCCCAACGCAUUGCAACACCGGAAUCUUACCACGAAGUCAAAGCCCGUCACCAAACGAGCACGGGACGAUCAGAUAUGCCCUUUAAGGAUAUCUCCCAAAUUGGUUCCGAUGCCACUGAGAGCAAUGCGGCUACGAGCACCGUUACAUCUCGGAUAGAGGCUGGCCGUUCUCGUGUUGCAAUCGAUCCCAUAGACCUCGAACUGCGGCGCCUCGACGGAUACGACGCUGAAAUGGGAGUGGUGCGAGUCAAUCGCGAAUUCGAUCGACGCGAGGACAGGGUUUAG